CACGCACGCUGGUUACCUCAGUGCUAACAUAGACCCCGUUACGGCUCAGCAAUGUAGGCCAGCCAGGAGGAGAUCUAACUUUCACUCUUACUGAGCGAGCGUGCCGGAGCGGGUGGCCAGUUGUAGCCCGCCCAGCAGUGAAUGUGAACCCCCGCCAUGUGUUCUGUCUUGGCUCUCAGUGCAACUCGCAGCCCUUAACAGUGCAACAGUGAUCUCGCACUUGGAGUCUUGGCCGCUCAAGUGUUAACGUGUAACAACAACAGUCAGUCCACGCGGUGAGCUGCGGCCACCUCGCUGUGCCGUGCCGUGCUGUGCCGUGCCGUGUCGUGCGUGCCGCUGCCUCUAUACCGUGCCGUGUCUGUGAGGAUGCUUUCAGAGAUGGAGCUUCCGAUAUCAGUUCAGAACUUUAACUUGUCUCCACAGUUCGGUCAGCUUACGAUCUCCGCCGCUCCCAUGACUGUGGACAUGGGCGGCGCGGGUGUGGGUAUAGCCAGUAGUGCCUUGUCGCCCACUUACACGCACAUUACUAGUGUGGGCGCCGGGGGCAACCCUACAGUGUCCACUAACACCACCUCCAGCGUGAACACCAACAACAACCUGCUCACGCCCACUCUAAUGGACUCUGGUCUCUUUUCUGGUGUAGCGACGACCACACUGGACUACACCUCCCUCGCAGACAUGCCCGAUACUAAGGAGGGCAUCGAGGAGCUGUGCCCGGUGUGUGGGGACAAGGUGUCUGGCUAUCACUACGGCCUGCUCACCUGCGAGUCCUGCAAGGGUUUCUUCAAGAGGACGGUUCAGAAUAAGAAGGUUUAUACGUGUGUAGCUGAUCGUUCCUGCCAAAUUGAUAAGACGCAGAGGAAGAGGUGCCCGUACUGCAGGUUCCAGAAGUGCUUAGAGGUCGGCAUGAAGCUAGAAGCCGUGCGGGCGGACCGUAUGAGAGGCGGCCGCAACAAGUUCGGCCCUAUGUACAAGCGUGACCGCGCCAGGAAGCUGCAGCUUCUGCGCCAGCGUCAGCUGUCCCACCCCGGCAGUCUGCUAUCCGGGGGCCGGCCACCCACUACCUCGGGCAUCGCCAUCAGCUACUCCUCGCCGGGCUAUUCCUCGGCGCAAGCCUCGCACGUCCACAUUAAGGAGGAGAUCCAGAGUCCCUUCCUGUCCUCGUCCACGUCUUCGCCAGACUCGUCGCCCUCGCCCAUGCCUGGCCUGGGCGGCCUCGUGGCGGGCUCCAGUGGCGUGAGCGGCCUGGUGGCGUCCGGCCCCGUGGCGCCCAUCAUCGCCGGGCCAGAUCCCACCCUGUGGGCCACCAACACCCAAUCCAACGCCGCCGCCUCUGUCACCACCGCCGCGCCGCCCUCGGGAGGCGUUGGAGGCGGGGGUGGCGGUGGAGGGGGCGGGGGCGGAGGUAGGACGGUGGCAGCGGGCGGGCCCAGGAUCCCUCUGAUCAUCCGUGAGCUGGUGGAGACCGUGGACGACCAGGAGUGGCAGAGCUCCCUCUUCUCGCUACUGCAGAACCAGACCUACAACCAGUGUGAGGUGGACCUGUUCGAGCUCAUGUGCAAGGUGCUCGACCAAAACUUAUUCGCGCAGGUGGACUGGGCCAGAAACUCCUGCUACUUUAAGGAUCUCAAGGUUGAUGAUCAGAUGAAACUCCUACAACACUCUUGGUCUGAUCUGCUGAUUCUCGAUCACCUACACCAACGUAUACAUAAUAGACUUCAGGACGAGACCACACUGCCAAAUGGUCAGAAGUUUGACCUGCUUUCCCUGGCUCUGCUCGGGACUACACAGUUCGCUGACCGUUUCCAUGCCGUCCUCAGCAAGCUUAUUGACCUCAAGUUUGACGUUCCAGAGUAUAUUUGCCUCAAGUUCCUUAUUCUCCUUAAUCCAGCAGAGGUGAGACUGCUGAGUGACCGGCGCUCAGUCAGCACGGCACACGAACAGGUCAAACAGGCCCUUAUGGAGUACAUCACCAAUGUUCAUCCUGAGGACACGGAGAAAUACCAGAAGAUGAUGGACCUUCUACCGAACUCCACUUCAUUGCCGACAACGGUGAAAAAUACCUUUACUUCAAGCACAUAAACGGUGCCGCACCCACGCAGACUUUGUUAAUGGAAAUGCUGCACACUAAACGGAAAUAAGAGGAGGUGGCAAACUUUCAACUCUCAGCCGUCCAGUGCGCCACAUGUGUAGAGAGGGUGGAAAACAAAGUUUUUGGUCACCAGAGCAGGUGGGAAGGUCCUGGGUCAGUGCAGUGAGUACACCAGCUUGACCAGCCAGCCUGCCAGCCUACCAGCCUAUCACAGUCUGCUACAGUCAAGUAGCUACUGGCGUCUGCCACAGCCCGGGAACAAGGGUUCCUGGGUGGCGCAGAAGCAGCUGUGCAACACUGCCCAUCCCUUACAAACAAGCUAAGGACUAAGCUUCAUGUUGUCUGUGGUGACAAUGUAGAGGAGGAUCUGUCUAACCAGCAACCCACUCACUGUCAAGGUAGUUCAAAAUUGCUGAGUGUCAACUGGAUGGAGACUCACCCUCAUCCACCAUCACCACCAUCACACCACCACACCACCACCACCACCACUCCACUGUUGCAGGCAUCCAAAUAGUGUAGUGCUGUGCUAGUCAAACCCUGUGAGGGGUGGAGACGUUGCUCCUGAACCUGCCGACGCCAGACUGUCAUCUGUGGUGCUAAGUAGCUCCGGGAUGCCCUGAGGUACAAGAGUAGUGGAGUGGCCUUGAGCAAUGGACGAGACGGGUGGCCAGUGUGUGGCUCGUGCUGUGUGGCCUCUCCCUCCCUCCCUCCCUCCCUCCCUCCCUUGUUUCAUUUGUUACCAGAAGCACUCAUGGUGCAAUCAGGACUAAUAUUAGCAAGUUGAGGCUCUCAAGUGCAGACCAGUCAGUGGUGCGCUACUCUCACUAAACGAUAUUAACCUGAUACAUACAAGUAGGAAGGUUUUUCUGUCCCACUGUGGCGCAUCAUACCUCAUUUCUCACUGUUCUUAUGGUGGCGGUCUCCUCACUCACUCACUUUGGUACAAAGCUCUCACUUGUGAAUACGUUUCAACACUUAUAUAUCUAUUUAUUUCUGAGUAUAAUUACUACAAAGACCUGGGCACUUGUCCAAUCUGUCUGCCCAGAUACAUAAAUAAUAAAAAAAAAAAUUGAUACAUUAAUGCAUAACACAUAGAUGUAGGUGUUGUGAAUUAGUUUUUGAUACUGUUGUUUUGUACAAGAGAUUAUACAGUAGCAGAGUAAUGUAUUCUUGCAUGAGCAAUCAUCUCUUACCAGAUAUUGCUGACACUUGUCCAGGACGUGUGUGUGUUCGGUGCGGGGCGAGUGACGGCCGCUCCCUUGCCCGUGUCUGUCACUUAGAUAAUGGUAGACUUUGGAAUUACCAAGCAGAAGCAUAAAUUUCUAGUGCCUCAUCUAGGAUAACCCAGCAUGUACAAAACACACCCUUGUGGCACGCAGCAGGAGGCAAGAGGGAGCCAGCCCACCUUCUUCAUUGGACACUUCCCAAAUUGCUGUCCCUGUGCAAUAUUAAUAUUAUUUCCAUUGGAGAGACUGAAAUUAGGUUUGUUUGUAGCCCAUUCAGGAUAUAUCAGUUGUGCCGAAUGCCUUUGUGUGGCGUGGCGCGGCCAUCACUGCGACGCUGCCGCCGCUGCGGCCGCCACCUGUUGUCAAGAAAACAUUAUUAAAACACCAAGGUCUGUUUUCCAAUCAUCGUGUUGUUGUGAAAGAAAACACGAAAAUAUCAGAAACUACUAAAUAUUGUAGCAAUGAGAAGCAAUGCUCUUAAUUCUCUUUGAUUUCAUUUCUUUCUAUCUUAUUAUCUUCCUUUUUUCCUUUUUUUAAUUUUUCGUCUAGAUUUUAAUACAGCAGUUUAGUUUAAGUUUAAAAUUAAGAUUUGGAACAUUCCAAUUCUAGGGAUUCAAGGGCAUUCUUCACCAGGGUCAAUCGUCCUUCCUGGGGUUCUUCUUGGCAUAAUCCCCAACGUCAUGCAUCAUCAAAGUCACCCCAACGGUUGCUGCUGCACAUUCCGCAUCGCUAACUAUAAUAUUUGCAGCUGAAGUGUUGUAGUACGUACUCCUUAUCUCCUCCUGUUGUACUUUUGCGUUUCCUCGUCUCCUAAAAAACUCUGUACAGACAUUUUUUUUUUCUAGAUAUGUAAGUUUCUAGCUGGCUUUUUUCCUCUUAUUGCUACUCAUUGCAAGGUUUUAUUACUAUUUUUCUCUCUUUUUAGCUAUGACUAGGUUUAAUUAUUUUCUGUAUUAUACUUGAGGAAAGAUGAAUGUGUAGGGUGUGUAUUUUUCCUCCUCCUCCUCCUCCUCCUCCUCCUCCUCCUCCUCCUCCUCCUCCUCCUCCUCCUCCUCCUCCUCCUCCUUGUCUCUGCCACUGCUGCCGCCACAGCAGCAGCAGCAGCAGCAGCAGCAGCUAUCUGGAACCCUGCAACUUUUGUAUAUUUUUAAGUGACGUGUUUCCUUCCUCGCCUACUUAAUGAAUGAUGUGCACAUGUCUUGUUUAUUACCUAUUGUUACUACUCUUAUUAUUAUAAUUGACAAUUUUAUCACUUUUAAAUCGGAAUACAGCAUGCUCGUCUCUUUUUAAAAUAAACUUUAAAAAUAUUACCUAUUAUACCAUACCAGUGAAAAUUCGAAGGUGAUUUUAGCCUGUAACAAAAAAAUGAUAAUAUUUUUGUACCAAUUGAUAAUCUAUUACAUUUAAAUCUAUUGUAAGAACAGAAAUUCUAUUAGAUGAGUAAAUUUUAACCCACAGACUGACUUAGAUGUGUCAGGAGUUGGUGUACAGAUGUUGAAAUGUCAGAGAGAUUUAUUUUUGGAAACCCUAUUUUGAGCACAAGAGAGAUAUGUUAGGAUGUAUUUAAGUCAGUCUGUGCCUCUCCGAUCCCUGGAGGAGGACCGGGGAGUGUGAGCGUUGAGCCGCGGUGACGAGGAUCCCACAUCAGGGCUGACUCAGUGUUGUGAAUAAUACAUGAAUGCUAUCAGUGUCCAUUCAUCGCUCAUACUUCGUGGCCUCUGCUCUUUUCUCCACCAUCAGUGUGAUAUCGACUCACAUCUCUUAACUGUAUGAAAGAAAAGCGUUCAAUGCCCUCUUUUGUUGGACUUUCGGCCCGUCAGAUCCCUGCGUUCACUGACUUUUGGCGGCAUUGACUCACUCUAACCUCUGUACCAGAAGAAGCAGCAGCAGCAGCAGCAGCAGAAGCAAAACCAGAAGAGAAAUUGUACAUACUUUCCUUUGUGUCCUGUAAAGAGAUAAACAAGUGUUCUUUGUAUAAAAAAUCUGUACCUUAAGAUGAUUGAUAUAUGUAUUAUCUCCUCGUGGUGAUACUCCAAGUGCCGAGCCGUCUGUCUGUCGGUCCGAGCUGCUUUGGUCAACUUUUCUUCACACCAGUGCCUAUUGACAUUAUUUUCCCAUUAGAGUGGAGAAUCACCACUUGAAGAUUGAGUUUUAUAUGCGACAGCCCAAGCACGGAGUAGCCGGGAAUGUAGGUCAUCUUAUUAGAUUCUAUAAUUAAUGCUAAUAACUGAGAUGGGAUUAAUAAAGUGUUUUAUUUAGA